AUGUCGACAGUGGUCGAACCUUCGUCUCACCGGUACAUGUACAUGUUACACGUGUACCACACAAAGUGUACGAAUACCAAAUGCGCAAUUACCCUAACCCUCAUUUUGAUUGCCACUGGAAGUGAAGUGGGGCCUACCAUUGAGGCUGCUCAAAAAUUGACGUCGUCCGGUAUCGCCACUCGUGUCGUCAGCAUGCCAUGUCAAGAAAUCUUUUUGAAACAAUCUGAGGAAUACCAAAAGUCCGUCCUGCCAGGAGAUAUUCCUACCUUGAGCAUUGAAGCCUCCUGCGCCAGUGGAUGGCAUCGAUUCUCCCAUGCGCAAAUUAGCAUGAUUGGAUAUGGAUGUUCCGCACCUGGUGCCGAUCUCUUUGAAUACUUUGGAUUCGGAGCUGGGAACAUUGAGACAAAGGGAAAGGAAUUGUAUGGGACUAGGGCAGAACAUCGGGUGGAAAAGAUGGUACUACCGCAAUCCCAUGUGAAGAAAAGUUCUAAAUAUUGCGCGCGAUUUUUGCGCAAAGCUGGUGAAAAGUCUGGGUUCGGGGGAAACAAUCUGGCACAAUCGCAUAUUUCGGUAAUUUUACGGGUGAGACUCCCCGAGACUCUACCAUAUUCCCACAAAACUUACCACAAAGAUAAGUCCCACUUCUACUACCGCAUUUCCCUAUUCCCAUGA